AUGGCAAAAUAUUUAGCUAAGACCAAGGAGCUCAUAGCUUCCUUCGACAGCGUCACACUUAAUCACGUUCAUCGAGGAAAAAACCAAAUAGCUGACGCCUUGAGCAAGCUCGCUACCUCUGGUAUGGAAAAGGAAGUAAAGGUAGAAACAUUACAAGCGCCUUCCAUAGAACCCCGGGAAGUGUCCGCCAUCACAGCGGAAGAACCCUGUUGGUACACUCCAAUUCUAAAGUUCCUCACGGAGGGGGAAUUACCCCCUGCACUAGGCGAAGCACAAAAGAUACAAACAAAGGCGUUGCAAUAUGAAGUGAACAACGGCGUCCUAUACAGAAAAUCAUACUUGUGA